AUUCAUCAGAGUUUCGGGAAGAUUCUUUACAAAGCAACAGUGUUCAGUUUGGAGCAUCCGCCAUGGCUAAAACAGAAAAUGGGAGACGAAAACUGAAGCCAGUGAUUGAGAAGAAAAGAAGAGACCGAAUCAAUCAGAAUCUUGCGGUGCUCAGGGAUCUGCUGUUUAACAGCACCGCAGAUACGCGUUUACAAAACCCCAAACUGGAGAAAGCAGAAAUUUUAGACCUCGCUGUUCAAUAUAUUCGAAAGAACACACAUGACAAAACAGAUAAAAAAGGGUCUGUUAAUCAGACGGUCAUUGAAGUCACACAUACUCAAACAAGCUCAUCAAACCAGGUCUCUGCUGCUCCCACCCAGCAAUGCGUUUCAGACUUUACUUCCUUUGUGGGACAGAUGCACAACUUUGAGGGAGAGAAAUCAAGAAUGAGUCUGGAAUACUAUCUGGAUCACCAUCGGGGUCAUUCUCUCAGAGCUGGAAGAGAAUUGGACAUCAAAUCACCCAACUCUCAUACUAAAUCUUGUUCAUCUACCUCAGUGUCUCAUUCCUACACACAAGAUCUAAUCUUCACUGAUUCAUCUUCAAUUGCUUCUAAAUCUGCUUGCCAAAAUCCUAUUGUCUUUACUACAUCAGAAGAGCUCUCCCCUCCACCCUCUCCACUCUACCUACCAUUUGCUCCCCCUGUGUCACCUCCAUCAUCCUCCUCCCCUCUAUUUACAACAUUCUCUGUCUGUAGUCCUGAAGGUUUACCUCAGCUACUACAUCUUCAUAAACCCAGAGCUCUCGCUACAUCACUGUCUCUUAAUUUUGACACAAGAGAAGUGUUCCAUCCAUCACAAACAACAUGGAGACCAUGGAGCUGAAAUGGUAUGGGGUACUUGUGUCGCAAGCUCCGACAGGACAAGUAAUAAGAGGGUGCUUAUAGCCACAUCUACUGGACAGAUUUGGCAACUGAUGACCAGAAUAUUUAUAAUCCAAAGUUCAAUAUCCCUUUGUAAGGCAUUUCACUGUGUAACGUUCGUAUGUAAACUAUUUAUCAACAAAUGUGGAUGCCUCUACACUGUUGUAUUGUAAAUAUAUAAAUUGUAAAUAGUAUUUUACUGUA